CAGCUGCUGUUCUAUCGUGGAUGAACCUCUUCCUCACGGCGCUCCUCGUGGCGCCAGCCGAGGUUUCCGCGGCGUCCGCGCCCUCUGCAGCGCCAUCCUGCAGCGGGGUCGGCAGCGCUCUUCAGCGGCACGACCUGGCGCAGUUAUGGCACUGCUUGACGCAGAGUAGGAGGGCUCCGGAUGCUGCCGCUCUCACCCCCGGUGCUGUGUACGAGUGCACUGUGGUCCUGCCAAUCGUCGGCAGGCAGACCUUCCGGCUCCACAUCCACGGUCGCGGCAUGGCGCGCAUCACGCUGCUUGGGCGGCUGGCUCUGGACGAGCCAACUCCGUAUCGACUGGUGCCGCAGCCGAGCGGCCAAUUGAGGGUCGAUCUCGACUUCAACGAGCCUGCGCGCGAUCUGCUCGCGAGAUGGCGCACCCGCAUUCGAGCGGUAUGGUACAACUCUGCUGACGACUAUGCAACGAUCGUCAUCGCGCCGCCUCUCGUGCCCGCAAUCUCUCUACGCCUCAGUCGCCUUGGCGCGUCUUGAGCCCGUGACGGGUUCUUUCGAGAGCGUCAAUGUGUACUUUUUCGCGGUUUCGGGCGGAGUGCGUGUCUCUCUCAGACUCAGUAGGCGGUGGAGCCAAAGGAGCAGGUUGGAGUAAGAAAUGCAAAUGGGUAUGUA